AUGCAUUUUCUUUUGGAAAAGCCGAGUAUAUCAGUGCUUCUGAAGCCACAGCUCAGGCCAUAUGGCUCAGAUUUGUUCUGGAAGAUUUUGGAGAGUUACAAGUUGAUGCAACCCCUCUGCAGUGUGAUAAACACAUCUGCAAUCUCAAUAUCCAAGAACCCUGUGUUUCACCAGAAGACAAAACACAUUGACAGGAGAUAUCACUUCAUCAAGGAUGCCUUGCAACAAGGGAUAAUUGACUUGGUUUACUGUCCUACCAAAGAACAAGUGGCAGACAUUUUCACCAAGGCAUUACCAAAGGACAGAUUCAACUAUCUCAGGGACAAACUUGGAGUUAUAUCAGCUCAAAGCUUAAAGGGGAGUUUUUUCUUGUAUGCUGAGAUUAUUAGUACCCCAUAUGUAAACCCUAGCUUAUAUAGUAUCGCAAUUGGGUUGCCUUUGAAAACUUCUGCAGUUUUUCUGAGAGUUAUCUCACAUUGGGAAAGCCUUGGUGCUCAUGAUAUGGUUGUAUACGCUCCCUUGGGUUCUUCAAUCGCCAACGGAACUAUACUUUGUGAUAGGAGCAAUUUUCGAUCAGAUGUUUGUAUCCUGAAAGGAAAUGUAAGAACACACUCCGGAUCCUCUUCCAUCUUUGUCUACAGGUCCAGAGAUAAAAGUAAUUUCACAUUCUAUCUUUCGAGCAUCGUCGAGGAAAAUGAAGAGGAAAACGGGGAAUGGCUUCAACACGAAAAGAUCAAACCGUAUACUCGGAAAUGGGAACCAAGUACCAUGGCCACCGUCACUGAAUUAGACCUCAUUGCAAAGAAAGACGAUACUCUAGGGAUGCAACAUCAGUGUGACGUCCAACAUGAUGUUCCGGCGGUGUUCUUCUCAACGGCUGGCUAUACUGGCAAUGCUUAUCAUGAGUUCAACGACGGGAUUAUACCACUGUACAUUACUUCUCAAGAACUGAGAAAGAAGGUUGUGUUUGUCAUUCUUGAUUUUCAUGACUGGUGGCUUAUGAAGUACGGAGACAUUCUUUCACAACUAUCAGACUAUCCAGUAAUAGAUUUCAGUGCAGAUACGAGAACCCAUUGCUUUCCUGAAGCCAUUGUCGGUUUGAGAAUUCACGACGAGCUCACUGUGGAUCCUUCGCUGAUGGAGGGACAUAGGAGCAUUUUCGACUUUCAAUAUCUUCUAGACAGGGCGUACAGGCCUCGAAUUAUAGGUCUAAUUAAUGAACAAGAAGCAGAAGAGAAGCUUUCUGUUUCUGUGUCUCCAGCAUCGGUAGGAUCUUUAAAAAUCAAGAAAAAACUACAUGAAGCACAUCAAUUAGAGAGGCCUAAACUGGUGAUCGUAUCUAGAAACGGAUCAAGAGCAAUAACCAAUGAGGACUUGUUGGUGGAAAUGGCUGAGCAAAUUGGGUUUGAAGUUGAAGUUCUGAGACCUGAUUCGAGGACCGAGUUGGCAAAGAUUUAUUGGGUUCUUAAUUCGAGUGAUGUCGUGAUAGGGGUUCACGGUGCCGCCAUGACACAUUUUCUGUUCAUGAGACCUGGCUCUGUGUUGAUCCAAGUGAUUCCUCUUGGAACUAGUUGGGCAGCAGAGGCAUACUUUGGGGAACCUGCAAGAAAGCUUGAUUUAAACUACAUUGGCUACAAAAUUCUUCCCACAGAGAGCUCGUUGUACGACAAGUAUGGCAAAGAUGAUCCUGUUCUUAAAAAUCCAGCUAGUGUAACCAAAAAAGGUUGGCAACACACAAAGGAGAUUUACCUUGAAGGUCAAACUGUGAGACUACACCUCACAAGAUUUAAGAAGCAGUUGCUUGGUGCUUAUGACUACACCACUGAAAGAAUGACUGAGCAUUUCGAACAACAAUAAACUAGCGUCAUUCAUUUUGUAAGUUGUAGAUUCAUACAUAUGUGGUAAAAAUUGGUGAACAUGUAUAACGUCGAGACAUUAAGGAUUGAAGAAGGUACCUUAAAAAAAUUUGUAUAUACCAUGAAGUUUGAGGCAACUCUUCAUUCUUGUGAAUAAAUAUUUCUUCUGCCUUUGUUAUUUA